GGCCGGCGGCUGCCUGACCGCCCCGGUCUCUCCAGGGGAGGCCUGAACCGGCCGGGCCUGGGUGCAGCCCCCCUGCCCUGGCUUCGGCCUCCCAGCCUGCCCCUGGGGAGGGGCCACCUGGUGUCAAUUAAGGCCCAGCCACGCGGCUCGCACCACGCCAGGCGGCUGAUUAGUGCCGCUGGCCUCUCCCGAUGGGGAGCCCGGCCUCAGAGGGGCGCCUGCCACCACGCCAGGGGAGGCCUCUCCAGAGCUGGAGGCCCCGGAUUGGAUCUGCGUCUAACGAGAUGGCGACGCCCAGAGGACAGUCCCGCUAGCAUGCGUCACCUCUAGACACAUCCACCAGACACGUUUGCUCCCCGGCCUGCCUGACCUGUUGCUUAGGGACACGUCCCUCUGCUUCCCCUGACGUCUGCCCGAUCAACCAUCGCUUCCUUAGAGAAUAAGGAAGGAGGCAGACACAGGAAAUCAUGCCACCGACGGCCCAACGACAAUGAGUGAGUGACACUGAGUUGACGUCAAAGGCAGAGAAGACCAAGACCAAGAGCAGCUCCCUCUCCACGCUCCCCUUGGCCCCUGCAGCGCCAGCCCCCCGCUCCUCCUCUCGUCACAGCCAGAAGCCUGGCUGCUCCCGGCGAAAUCGUCUCGGCUUGACACGUUUUGAGGUCUUCCGACCCUUGGACACUAGACACCAUGGAGAAUCACACGUUCAGCGUCAAGCAGAUCCAACCCAAUGUCAUUUCUGUCCGCCUCUUCAAGCGCAAAGUGGGGGGCCUGGGGUUCCUGGUGAAGGAGAGGGUGAGCAAGCCACCUGUGAUCAUCUCCGACCUGAUUCGAGGGGGCGCCGCGGAGCAGAGCGGCCUCAUCCAGGCUGGGGACAUCAUUCUCGCCGUCAACGGCCAGCCCUUGGUGGACCUGAGCUAUGACAGCGCCCUGGAGGUGCUCAGAGGCAUUGCCUCCGAGACCCACGUGGUCCUCAUUCUGAGGGGCCCCGAGGGCUUCACCACGCACCUGGAGACCACUUUCACUGGGGACGGGACCCCCAAGACCAUCCGGGUGACACGGCCCCUGGGUCCGCCAACCUCAGCCGUCGAUCUGUCCCACCAGCCAUCAGCCAGCAAAGAGCAGACCCUGGCAGUGGACGGGGCCACGGGUCCUGGCAAUGGGCCGCAGCACGUGCCAGACCAGGGGCAGGAGGCUGGCUUGCUCUCCCACACCAAUGGCCUGGCUCCCAGGCCCCCGAGCCAGGACCCUGCCAAGAAGAGUUCUGGGGAGAACAGUCAACUGCUCAGAGAGAUAGAGCCUGUGCUGAAUCUUCUCACCAGCGGGAGCAAAGGGAUCAGCGGAGGGGGACCUGCCAGAGCGGAGACAAAGGACGCAGAAAUCCAGGUGGACAGAGAUCUGGACGGCAAAUCACACAGACCGCUGCCCCUCGGUGUGGAGAACGACCGCGUCUUCAAUGACCUAUGGGGGAAGGGCAACAUGCCAGUCGUCCUCAACAACCCGUAUUCAGAGAAGGAGCAGCCCCCUGCCUCGGGAAAACAGUCUCCCAUAAAGAAUGGCAGCCCCUCCAAGUGCCCUCGCUUCCUCAAGGUCAAGAACUGGGAGACCGAUGUGGUUCUCUCUGACACCCUCCACCUUAAGAGCACCUUGGGAAUGGGAUGCACCGAGCACAUCUGUAUGGGGUCCAUCAUGCUUCCUUCUCAGCAAAUACGAAGGCCUGAAGACGUCCGCACAAAAGAACAGCUCUUCCAUCUUGCCAAAGAGUUUAUUGAUCAGUACUAUUCAUCAAUUAAAAGAUUCGGCUCCAAAGCCCAUCUGGAGAGGCUGGAAGAGGUGAACAAAGAGAUUGAAACCACCAGCACCUACCAGCUCAAGGACACAGAGCUCAUCUACGGGGCCAAGCACGCCUGGAGAAAUGCCUCCCGCUGCGUCGGCCGGAUCCAGUGGUCCAAGCUGCAGGUGUUCGAUGCCCGCGACUGUACCACGGCUCACGGGAUGUUCAACUACAUCUGUAACCAUAUCAAGUAUGCCACCAACAAAGGGAACCUCAGAUCUGCCAUCACCAUAUUUCCCCAGAGGACCGACGGCAAGCAUGACUUUCGAGUCUGGAACUCCCAGCUCAUCCGCUAUGCUGGCUACAAGCAGCCUGACGGCUCCAUCCUGGGGGAUCCAGCCAGCGUGGAGUUCACACAGAUCUGCCUCCAGCAGGGCUGGAAACCCCCAAGAAGCCGCUUCGACAUCCUGCCACUCCUGCUCCAGGCCAACGGCAAUGACCCUGAGCUCUUCCAGAUUCCUCCAGAGCUGGUGCUGGAAGUGCCCAUCAGGCACCCCAAGUUUGAAUGGUUCAAGGACCUUGGGCUGAAGUGGUACGGCCUCCCCGCUGUGUCAAACAUGCUCCUGGAGAUCGGUGGCCUGGAGUUCAGCGCCUGUCCCUUCAGCGGCUGGUACAUGGGCACAGAGAUUGGCGUCCGCGACUACUGUGACAGCUCCCGAUACAACAUCCUGGAGGAAGUGGCCAAGAAGAUGAACUUGGACAUGAGGAAGACAUCCUCCCUGUGGAAGGACCAGGCACUGGUGGAGAUCAACAUUGCGGUGCUCUACAGCUUCCAGAGUGACAAAGUGACCAUCGUUGACCACCACUCUGCCACCGAGUCCUUCAUUAAGCACAUGGAGAAUGAAUACCGCUGCCGGGGAGGCUGCCCCGCUGACUGGGUGUGGAUUGUGCCCCCCAUGUCUGGCAGCAUCACCCCCGUCUUCCACCAAGAGAUGCUCAACUACCGACUCACCCCCUCCUUCGAAUACCAGCCUGACCCUUGGAACAGCCACGUCUGGAAAGGUACCAACGGGACCCCCACAAAGCGGCGAGCCAUUGGCUUCAAGAAGCUGGCAGAAGCCGUCAAGUUCUCAGCCAAGCUAAUGGGACAGGCCAUGGCCAAGAGGGUCAAGGCUACCAUCCUGUACGCCACAGAGACGGGCAAAUCGCAGGCUUAUGCCAAAACCCUGUGUGAGAUCUUCAAACAUGCCUUUGACGCCAAGGUGAUGUCCAUGGAAGAAUAUGACAUUGUACACCUGGAACAUGAAACUCUGGUCCUGGUGGUUACCAGCACCUUCGGAAACGGAGACCCCCCUGAGAAUGGGGAGAAAUUUGGCUGCGCUUUGAUGGAAAUGAGGCACCCCAACUCUGUGCACGAGGAAAGGAAGUACCGGGAACCCUUGCGUUUAUUUCCCCGUAAAGGGCCUCCCCUCCCCCGAGAUGACACAGGAGUCCACCGUCUGGCUGCAGCCCGUGACAGCCAGCGCAGGAGCUACAAGGUUCGUUUCAACAGUGUUUCCUCCUAUUCCGACUCCCGCAAAUCAUCGGGCAAUGGGCCGGACCUCAGAGACAACUUUGAGAGCACGGGACCCCUGGCGAAUGUGAGGUUCUCCGUGUUCGGCCUUGGCUCGCGGGCGUACCCUCACUUCUGCGCCUUUGGACACGCCGUGGACACCCUCCUGGAAGAGCUGGGUGGGGAGAGGAUCCUGAAGAUGAAGGAGGGGGAUGAGCUCUGUGGGCAGGAAGAGGCUUUCAGGACCUGGGCCAAGAAGGUCUUCAAGGCAGCCUGUGAUGUGUUCUGCGUGGGAGAUGACGUCAACAUUGAGAAGGCAAACAACUCCCUCAUCAGCAAUGACCGCAGUUGGAAGAGGAACAAGUUCCGCCUCACCUACAUGGCCGAAGCUCCAGAACUCACACAAGGUCUAUCCAAUGUCCACAAAAAGCGGGUCUCAGCCGCUCGACUCCUCAGCCGUCAGAACCUUCAAAGUCCUAAAUCCAGGCCAAAGUUGAGCUGUUUGAGCCAGGAGACCAUAGCAAGAUAUCAUGAAUCACACACCCACCACUCCCACCCCCAACAAGAGACCCUUAAUUGCAAGCAAAGUACUUAAGAGGAAAUAAGCCACCUUUUGAAGUUGAUCCUUGCAACUCUAAAGAGAAAAGUGACCGAAGUUACUGCCUGGCCAGGAAAUAAAUUUUCUACCUACAGCAGUUAGCAAACAAUACAGAAAAGAGUAUAAUGGAGCACUAAUGGGUGGGGUGUAGAUCAUAGGUCCUAGAAGGCAGAAGGAGGAGGGGAAACGCCAGGUAGGCUUUAGAUAGGCUAGUGAAUAGAGGGGGGACAUCUAGGAAGAGAGAAUAGGAGCAAAGAUGCUGAAGGGGCCCUGAGUGCUGGGGUAUCUCAGAGAAAGAUGGGACAUUAUAACGGAGAGUUCUUGAUGGGAGAGCUCUUAAUUCCCAGCUACCCUCUGAUAAAAUUGCUUCUCUCCAGCCUUCACCAUCUCAACAGAAGACAUCAACAUUUGGCUUAGGCCCAAGACUUAAGCAUCCUCCCUGCCUCCUCGCUUUCCCUCCCACUAUCCAUCCAACUCUCAGCCGGUACUGUGGGUCUUGUGUUUCAACUACAUCUCAGAUCUACAUCCACCACCUUAAGCAAGGCCACGAUCGUCUGUGGUCUGAGUGCCUGCCAUAGAUGCCUAACUUGUCUCCUUGUUUCUUGACAUUUCUCUCAAAGAUCCAUUUUCCAAAUAGCAGGCAGACUAAUCUUUUAAGAAUGUAAACGGAAGCCUGUCCAUCCACAGCUUCACAUCCUCCAAUAGCUUCCCACUGGACUUAGGAAACCUUCAAACUCCUUUGCCGUGACAGGUCAUGACAAGACCUUCAUGAUCUGGCCUCUGCCUAGCUCUCUGAUCUCCUCUGUACCACCCACCCCUGUGUUGACCGCUCUUCCAAACACUCCAGUCUUCUUUCCCUUCCUCAAAUGUGCCACACUUUUUCCAACCUCAGGGCCUUUGCACAUGCUGCUUCUCCUUUCGGGAACACUCUUUCCCCAGAUCUUUGCAUGUCCGUUCCUUCUCAUUCUUCAGAUCUCUGCUCAAAUGUCAAAUCACCAGAGAGACCUCCUUGACCAUACUUAUCUGCCAGUCACUUAGCCCACUGCCCCCACCCAUCCGCAUCCACCCAUCCUCAUCACCAGCCCCAACUGAGAUCUUUUUAAGUUACUUCUCAAUGAGAAUCAGGCCCUUUGUUAUCUUUAUCCAUCACUCUCUCACCAGUGCCUAGAACAGUGCCUGACACUCAAUACAAAUUUGUGGAAGGUAUGAACCUUAUUCACUCAAACUGCUCACAACAGACACUGUUUACUCUUUUCCUUGAAGAACGAACAUGAGCUAAUUUUUUUUUCCAUUUAAUGCUGGAUGUUAGCAGACUGUUCUUUCAUCUGC